AUGUUAGGAUUAAGAAAAAUUUCAAAUUGUGGUAAUAAAACAUAUAUUUCAAGAAGUUAUGCUACAAUAGUUAAAAGAAAAGCAUCAAAAAGUGGUUUAGAUUUUGGAAAGAAAAUUGAUUUUAAAAAUUUAGAAAAAGUUGAACCAAUUCAACCAAAACCAUUCGUACCAACUUCAACUCCACCAACUAAUGAUAAAAGAUUAACAAAUAUAGAAUCAAAUAAAAAAUCUGAAGAGAAAUUUUAUUAUUCACCAAAUUUCUCAAAAUUAGGUGUUUUAGCAAAUGUAAAUGAAUUAAAUGAAAAUUGGGGUCAUUUUAAAGGUGAUACAAAUGAAAAAGGUGUAGAAACAGGAUCAUCAUUUACACUUUCAACUAAAUCAAAGAUUGAAAUGGGUAAGAAUUCAAGUGGUUUUAGUGUACCAUUCCCACGUAUAUCAGGACAAGGAGCACCAAUAGUUUGUGUACCAUCAACAUUUGGACAAACCUAUAGUAGAGGUAUGUUAAAUAAUAGGGAUACAUUGAAUGCAUUGGAUAUGAUGACAAUGGGAGAAGUUGAGCAUUUUAUAAAAUAUCAAAUUGCAAAUGAGGUUGUUUCAGCCUACAGUAUACAUACAACGACACCAGGUGUGAUUCAAUGCGGUGGUUUGGAUUUUGUUAAAUUGUAUCAAUCCAAAAACGAUACCAAAUUCUUGAGCGAAUAUUUCAAGAAGGUUUCAAAGAUGUUUUAUUUGAUGUCGGUUGCACCAAAACCACAAGUAUCAAUUAUCGAUGGUUUGACGAUUGGCGCAGGUGUUGGGUUCACCGCAAACUCUGGUUUCCGUAUUGGUAGUGAAAAUUCGAUUUUAACCAUCCCAGAUUGUGCCGUUGGUUUCUUCCCAAACGCUGGUAACAUUCGUUUCUUAAAUCGUUUAGAUGGUGGUGUUGGUCUCUAUUUAGCAUUGACCGGUCGUCGUGUCAGAGGUGCUGAAUUAAUUCAAUGUGGUCUCGUCGAUUUCUUAAUUCCAACCAAUAUGAUCCCAACCUUGGAUGAUCAACUCUCACGUUUACCAUUGAAAAAUCAUGAAAGAUUAAUUGCAAAUAUCGCAACCUUCUCAGUACCUGCUGAAACUCAAUUAGAUGGUAGAGAAACUCAUCUCGAUAUCUAUAGAGAUGCAAUCAAACGUUGUUUUGAAAAUAAAACUACAAUUGAACAAGUCAUUGAAGCUUUAGAAAAUGAAUCUGAUAAAACUUAUGAUUGGGCACAACGUUGUAUUAAAAAUAUUAAUAAAUCAUCACCAAUUAGUAUUAAAUUAACAAUGAGAUUAUUUAAUGAAUCACCAACUGAUUUAUCAUCAAAUGAAUAUUUUGAAAGAGAUUAUAAUAUUUCAAUGGCAUUAGUAAAUGAUAGUGAAAGUGAUCUUUGGGAAGGUAUUAGAGCAAAUUUGAUUGAUAGUAGAGAACCAAUUUGGAGACAUAAAUCAUAUACAGAAGUUGAUGACAAAUUGAUUGAUGAUAUCAUAAACUAUAAACCACCAACUGCUGAAUCAGUAUUAAAAUUAACACCAUUCAAAUCCACUUAUUUAAUGUUUGAAGAUGUUCUCAAUGAAUAUUUCAAUUUAAAUCAAUUCACUUUAUCUGGUGAAGUUAGAUCAGUCUUUGAGGCUCAUACUGGUAAUCCAUUCACAAAGGAUUAUGAUGAUGCCAUUGAAAUCUUCUUCAAAGGUGCUCGUUCUGAUAAAUAUCAAAUCGAUAGAAAUUCUGCUUCAAUUCUCACUGAAAUGAGUGAAAUUGAUAUGGCAACUUUAUAA